AUGUUGUUAGAAAAAGUGGCAGAUUAUAAUAAAUGUGACAAAUGGGGUCAGUCACCUUUAAUGAUGGCUUGUAGAUAUGGUCAUACACAAAUCGUAAUGUUGUUGUUAAACGAAGGAGCAGAUUAUAAUACACGUAACAGGAGAAAUCAUUCACCUGUGAGUAUAGCUAGUAGAUUUGGGCAAACAGAAAUAGUAAAGAUGUUGUUAGACAAAGGAACAGAUUAUGGGAAAUGUGACAAUGGUGAUCAGACAAAUUUAAUUAUGGCUUGUACAAAUGGGCAUGCAGAAAUAGUAAGGUUGCUGUUAAACGAAGGAGCAGAUUAUAAUAAAUGUGACACUAAUAAUCAGACACCUUUAAUAAUGGCUUGUAGAAGUGGACAUUCAGAAAUAGUAAGGUUGUUGUUAGACAAAGGUGCAGAUUAUGAACAAUGUGACAGAUGUGGUUGUUCACCUGUAAGUGUGGCUUGUACAUAUGGUCAUUCCGAUAUAGUAAGGUUGUUGUUCGACAAAGGAGCAGAUUAUGAAAAAUGUGACAAAUAUGGUCAUACAGAAAUAGUAAGGAUGUUGUUAGACGAGGGAGCAGAUUGUAAUAGAUGUAACAGGGAGGAUCAGACACCUUUAAUCAUGGCUUGUACAUAUGGUCAUUCAGAAAUAGUAAGGUUGUUGUUAGACAAAGGAGCAGAUUGUGAAAAAUGGGACAAAUAUGGUCGUUCACCUGUAAGUAUUGCUUGUAUAGAUGGUCAUUCAGAUAUUUUAAGGUUGUUGUUAGACAAAGGAGCAGAUUAUACAAAAUGUGACAAAAAUGGUCUGUCAGCUGUAAGUAUGGCUUGUAAAUAUGGUAAUGCAGAAAUAGUAAUGUUGUUGUUAGACAAAGGAGCAGAUUAUAAGAAAUAUGACAAUCAUGUUUGGUAA